AUGCCAGCUGACCCGAAGUGGGUUUCCGUCCACGCCUCUUCCGUUCGCCUCAAACCACUUCUUUCUUCCUCCCUCCCACCAUCUCUCAACGACAUGUCUGUGUAUGAUCACGCCAAAGUCGCCCAUUUCAUCGGCGGUAACUCUGUAGACAAGGCUGUUGCUGGUCGUGUUCUUGAUUUUGUCAAGGCGAAUGGCGGCCACACCGUCAUCACAAACGUUCUCAUCGCGAACAAUGGUAUUGCUGCCGUCAAGGAAAUCCGCUCUAUCCGACAAUGGAGUUACGAGACAUUUGGCGAUGAGCGCGUCGUCGAGUUCACGGUCAUGGCCACCCCAGAGGACCUCAAGGUCAACGCGGAGUACAUCCGCAUGGCUGAUCGCUAUGUAGAGGUCCCAGGAGGAAGCAACAAUAACAACUAUGCCAAUGUUGACCUCAUUGUCGACGUCGCCGAGCGUCUAGGCGUCCAUGCGGUCUGGGCCGGCUGGGGACACGCUUCUGAGAAUCCCCGUUUACCUGAGAGCCUCGCCGCUAGCAAGAAUAGAAUCGUCUUUAUUGGUCCUCCUGGGAGCGCGAUGCGCAGUCUAGGAGACAAGAUUUCGAGCACGAUCGUUGCACAGAGCGCGGAGGUGCCGACUAUGGCCUGGUCCGGCACGGGCAUAACGGAAACGACCCUUUCGGACGCGGGGUGGGUGACUGUCCCGGACAAGGCAUACCAGGAUGCGUGUGUAACGAAUGUGGAGGAGGGCUUGGUCAAGGCUGAGGAGAUUGGCUGGCCUGUCAUGAUCAAGGCGAGUGAAGGCGGAGGGGGGAAGGGUAUCCGGAAGGUAGACAGACCCGAGGACUUCAAGAAUGCAUAUCACGCAGUUGUUGGUGAAAUACCAGGUUCCCCGAUUUUCAUUAUGAAGCUUGCUGGUCAGGCCCGACACUUAGAGGUGCAGCUAUUGGCCGAUCAGUAUGGAAAUGCCAUCUCCCUUUUUGGGCGUGACUGCUCGGUACAACGGCGGCACCAAAAAAUCAUCGAAGAAGCCCCCGUCACCAUCGCGAAGCCUGAGACUUUCGAGGAAAUGGAACGUGCAGCGGUCCGUUUGGCCAAGCUUGUUGGAUACGUCAGUGCUGGGACGGUUGAAUAUCUCUACAGCCAGUCCGACGAUGUCUUCUACUUCCUUGAGCUGAACCCACGCCUCCAAGUUGAACAUCCCACGACCGAGAUGGUCUCUGGCGUGAAUUUGCCUGCCGCUCAACUCUUGAUCGCCAUGGGUAUACCCUUGCACCGGAUCAAGACCAUCCGCCAGCUGUACGGAGUGGCACCGAACGGGUCCUCCGAAAUUGACUUUGACAUGGUCAAGCCCGAAUCGAAUCAGCUUCAGCGUAAGCCGCGCCCGAAGGGGCAUGUCGUCGCCGUGCGCAUCACCGCGGAGAACCCCGACGCGGGCUUCAAGCCGUCAUCGGGCUCUCUCCAGGAGCUCAACUUCCGCUCAAGUACGAAUGUCUGGGGCUACUUCUCCGUUGGUAGUGCCGGUGGGUUGCACGAGUUCGCGGAUUCGCAAUUCGGACAUAUCUUCGCGUACGGUCAGGACCGGUCAGAGAGCAGGAAGAACAUGGUUGUCGCGCUUAAGGAGCUGAGCAUCCGGGGUGACUUCAGGACGACGGUCGAAUAUCUCAUCAAGCUCUUGGAAAUGCAAGCGUUCGAGGAGAACACGUUCACGACUGGGUGGCUCGACUCGCUAAUUAGUGACAAGUUGACGGCGGAGCGCCCUGAUGCGACCUUGGCUGUGAUUUGCGGCGCCGUGACGAAGGCACACUUGGCUUCAGAGGCGUGCUGGACAGAGUACAAGCGGAUCUUGGACAAGGGCCAGGUCCCGUCGCGCGACACUCUCAAGACCGUCUUUGGCGUCGACUUUAUUUACGAAAACAUCCGCUACUCCUUCACGGCGACCCGUUCAUCUCGUACCGCUUGGACGCUUUUCGUAAAUGGUGGUCGUACCAUGGUCGGCGCUCGCCCUCUUGCUGACGGCGGAUUACUCGUUUUGCUGAAUGACAAGAGCCACUCGAUCUACUGGCGGGAGGAGGUUGGAUCACUUCGUCUCAUGAUUGACUCAAAAACGUGCCUCGUCGAGCAGGAGAAUGACCCCACGCAGCUUCGCAGUCCAAGUCCGGGUAAGCUUGUUCGCUUCCUAGUUGACAGCGGCGAUCACGUCAAUGCUGGAGAGCCGUACGCAGAGAUUGAGGUCAUGAAGAUGUAUAUGCCUCUCGUUGCUGCGGAGGACGGUAUCGUCAAUUUUGUCAAACAGCCCGGCGUCACGUUGGUGCCCGGCGAUAUCCUCGGGAUCCUCACCUUGGACGAUCCUGCCCGCGUCAAGCAUGCAAAGCCGUUUGACGGUCUCAUUCCUCCCAUGGGCCUGCCUGGUGUCACCGGGACCAAACCACAUCAGCGCUUGCAUCAUUAUAUCGAUAUCCUCAACAACAUCCUGGACGGGUUCGACAACCAGGCGAUCAUGCCGUCGACCUUCAAAGACCUGGUUGAGGUCCUCCAUGACCCCGAGCUUCCGUACUCGGAGGCAUCUGCCAUUCUUUCGUCCCUCUCAGGCCGCAUGCCUGCGAAACUCGAAGAUAGCAUUCGUUCCGCGAUCGAUUCCGCGAAGUCGAAGGGCGACGGACACGAGUUCCCCGCGGCGCGGUUGAAGAAGCUGCUUGAGCACUACGUUCAGGACAACGUCCGGCCGCAGGAGCGCGCGAUGUUCCGCACGCAACUGGGAGCGCUGAUCGACGUCGUCGACCGGUUCUUGGGAGGCCUGCGCGGGCACGAAGUACACGUGAUUGCGAAUUUGCUCGAGCGGUACGUCGAGACGGAGAAGCUGUUUGGAGGAAGCAUCGAGGCGCGCGUGUUGGCUUUGCGGGAUCAGUACAAAGAUGACCUUGAGCAGGUCGCGUCGCUCGUGCUGAGUCACAUCAAGGCGCAGAGUAAGGCGAAGCUGGUUUUGGCAAUUCUAGACUAUGUCAAGUCGGAUGGGCUGCCAGUGUCGAAUACGGAGAGUAGGCUUUACCAGAUGGCGCAAGGCUUGGCGGCCCUGGAGGCUCGUUCUUCGACACAGGUGUCUCUCAAGGCGCGCGAGGUGUUGAUCGCGGGUCAGAUGCCUUCGUACGAGGAACGUUUGGUGCAGAUGGAGGCCGUCCUGAAGAAUAGCGUUAGUAACACGUACUAUGGGGAGCAAGGUUUCGGUAACCACAGGACGCCUUCUGCCGACGUGCUCAAGGAGCUCAGUGACUCGCGAUACACGGUGUUCGAUGUCCUGCCUUCUUUCUUCACAAACGAAGAUCCUUCCGUAACGCUUGCGGCCCUGGAGGUAUACGUGCGGCGUGCGUACAGAGCCUAUAACUUGUUGUCUAUCGACUAUGAGGAAGGAGAUGGAUCCGACGACGGUGACGCACCCAGUGUUGUCACCUGGCGAUUCAACCUCGGUCAGUCGCAUUCACCGCCUCAGACCCCGCGCAUUGAGAGAUUCGGCGAAAGCCGGCGUCAAGGCUCUGUGAGCGAUCUCACUUACAUGAUCAGUCGCAACCGGUCACAGCCCGUUCGCUCUGGUGCGAUCGCGUCUUUCGCCAACCUCGAAGCUCUCUCGCGAGGACUUGAGCAUGUUGUAUCUCUCCUCCCCGCUUUCGACACUGCCGAGUACGAUCAACGCUACGGCGGCAAUGCUCAGCCACCAAACGUUCUUAACCUGGCGCUUCGUAUCUUCGAUGUAGCCGACGACAUGUCGGAAGCUGAUUGGUGCGAGAAGAUCGACUCGUUCAUCAAUAGCCGCAGGUCAACGCUCGCCGCGAGAGGUGUUCGCCGUGUGUCCAUCAUCAUCUGUCGUCCCGGUCAAUAUCCUUGGUACUACACCCUGCGCGAAAUGGAGGGCUCGUGGCGUGAAGAACAGGCUCUCCGUAAUAUCGAGCCUGCUCUUGCGUUCCAGCUCGAGCUCAGUCGCCUGUCGAACUACAACCUCACUCCUUGCUUCGCCGCGAGCAAGCAGAUCCACAUCUACCACGGCGUGGCGCGAGAGAAUCAGCUCGAUCACCGCUUCUUCAUUCGGGCUCUCAUCCGCCCUGGUCGGCUUCGGGAUCACAUGAACACGGCGCAAUACCUCAUCUCUGAGACUGAUCGCCGUGUCACUAGUAUCCUCGACGCUUUGGAGGUCGUCAGCGUCAAGUACCGUAACGCCGAUUGCAACCACAUCUUCAUGAAUUUUGUGUACAACCUUCCAGUCACUUACGAGGAUGUGCUAACGGCUAUUACUGGAUUCAUCGAGCGUCAUGGAAAGAGGCUCUGGCGCUUGCACGUUACCAGCUCCGAGAUCCGUAUCGCGCUCGAGGACAGUGAAGGGAACGUAACACCUAUCCGUUGUAUCAUCGAGAAUGUCUCAGGCUUCAUCGUCAACUACCAUGGCUACCAGGAGAUCACGACUGACAAGGGUACCACUAUCCUCAAGUCGAUCGGUGACAAGGGUCCUCUUCAUUUGCAGCCCGUCCACCAGCCUUACCCGACCAAAGAGUCGUUGCAGCCUAAACGUUACCAAGCUCAUCUCAUCGGCACCACAUAUGUCUACGAUUUUCCUGACCUUUUUUCGAAGGCAUUGCAGAAUGUCUGGGUCAAGGCGCGCACCAUCAACCCAUCGCUCUCUGCGCCGAAGGUAUAUCUUGAGUCGAAGGAGCUUGUCUUGGACGAGAAUGAUCAACUGGUAGAAGUUGAUAGGGCUCCCGGGAACAAUACGUUCGGUAUGGUCGGAUGGGUAUUCACGAUGAGGACUCCGGAGUAUCCUGCUGGCCGGAAGGCGGUUGUGAUCGCCAAUGAUAUCACGUUCAAGAUUGGCUCGUUUGGCCCUCAAGAGGAUCAAUACUUCUAUUUCGCCACCCAAUAUGCUCGUGAACAGGGCUUGCCCCGCAUUUACCUCUCUGCCAACUCCGGUGCUCGCAUCGGUCUGGCGGAGGAGGCUAUGGGUUUAUUCUCCGUUGCUUGGAACCAGCAGAAUCAGCCAGAGAAGGGGAUCAGUUAUUUGUAUCUCACGCCUGAGAACUGGUUGAAACUCCAGGAAAAGGGUACCGGCUCUGUGCUCACAGAGGAGAUCGAAGAAGCAGGAGAGCGCCGGCACAAGAUCACAGAUAUCAUCGGCCUGCAAGACGGUCUGGGUGUCGAGUGCUUGAAGGGCUCUGGUCUCAUUGCUGGAGAGACAUCUCGGGCAUACGACGACAUCUUCACCAUCACUCUUGUUACUGCGCGAUCUGUUGGUAUUGGCGCAUAUCUUGUGCGCCUCGGAGAACGUGCGGUGCAGGUCGAAGGACAGCCCAUCAUCCUCACUGGUGCCCCAGCACUCAACAAGGUGCUCGGCCGCGAAGUCUACACCUCCAAUUUACAACUCGGCGGGACGCAGAUUAUGCACAAGAACGGUAUCUCUCACCUUACAGCAAGCAGUGACCUGGAGGGCGCCACCCACAUUCUUGAGUGGAUUUCGUACGUUCCUGAAGCAAAAGGCGAGAAGCUUCCCAUCACCGAAUCGGCCGACCCAUGGGAUCGUGAGAUCGCUUAUGUUCCCCCUAAGGGUCCUUAUGAUCCUCGUUGGUUCAUCGAGGGCAAGACGGACGAGGCGUCUUCGGAAUGGCUUAGCGGCUUCUUCGAUAAGGGCUCGUUCCAGGAAACGCUGAGUGGGUGGGCUCAAACUGUUGUUAUAGGUCGUGCACGUCUGGGCGGUAUUCCGAUGGGUGUAAUUGCUGUCGAGACGAGAACUAUAGAGCGCGUCAUUCCCGCAGACCCCGCAAACCCUGCGUCGUUCGAACAACGCAUCAUGGAGGCAGGCCAAGUUUGGUACCCAAACUCGGCAUACAAAACUGCGCAGGCGAUCUUCGACUUCAAUCGGGAAGGCUUGCCGCUCAUUAUCUUCGCGAACUGGCGUGGAUUCUCCGGUGGGCAGCAGGACAUGUACGACGAGGUACUGAAGCAGGGGUCAAAGAUCGUUGAUGGUUUGUCCGCGUACAAACAGCCGGUGUUCGUCUACAUUGUACCGAACGGCGAGCUGCGUGGCGGUGCCUGGGUCGUGCUUGAUCCCUCGAUCAACGCAGAGGGGCAGAUGGAGAUGUAUGCGGAUGUGGAAGCGCGCGCUGGCGUUCUCGAGCCUGAGGGCAUCAUUGAAAUCAAGAUGCGCAGGGACAAGAUCGUCGGGUUAAUGGACCGUCUGGAUUCGCAGUAUGCACAGUUGAAGAAGGACAGCAAGGAUCCCUCUAAAACACCAGAGGAGAUCGCUGCGACCGUCGAUCAGCUUGAAAAGCGCGAGACACUGCUACAGCCAACGUAUAAGCAGAUCGCCCUCUUGUAUGCUGACCUUCACGACCGGACUGGUCGUAUGGAGGCCAAGGGAUGUGCGAGGCCUGCUGUGUGGAAGGAGGCUCGUCGGUACUUCUACUGGGCCACCCGCGCGCGCAUCGCGCGUUCAUCUUCCCUCGCUCGACUCGCCGCCGCCAGUCCCAAAUCCACACUAGAGUACCGGGAACGGCUACUCAACUCCCUCGCCCAAAUUGACGAAACCGCCGACAACCAGACAAUUGCCAAGGCACUCGAGGCCUUGGACCUUAAUAUCACGCUCAUGCAACUGAGGAGUGAGCACUUCGCUCGCAGGGUACUCGAAGCAACCCAGGAGGAUCGUAAAGUGGCGUUGGACGGCCUCCUCCAUCUCUUCGAUAGAUUGUCUGAAGAUGAGAAGUCUUCUCUUCUGUCCGCGCUUAACUCAACCCGAUCGCCUGGCCCUCCGUCCUACACAAGCGCCUCGUCGUGAAAAUUAAUGAGCUGGAUGACCGCGUCAUGGAUUUCCAUUCUUCUUUUCUUUGCAAUUGUAUCAAUAUAACAUAGAAUGUCUCUGUCGUCCAGUCGUAUUGCAUGUCUGUUGUGAUGAUUCUUACGUCCCUUUACUGUAUGAUUUCCAAUAUAACAACUAUCGUUGCAUCAUU